CAAAAGCCCAGCACACGACCUCUAGCCCAGCCUUAUUGUUCCCGCGACUGUUUUGAAAGACUGUCGGAUAGCACCGUCGCAAACACGCGCGUUUCGCAGUGGUUUCCGCCCACGGGCCAGAGAACAAUGUCGCCGAAAUCCGCGCCAGAAUCAGCGUGGGACCCUUCCGCAGAAUCGCGAGCGAUGAGCUCGAGCAGUGCCAACAGGGAUUUCGGGUUAGUGAACGGCGAGAAAGGCACCCACAGCACAGGCGGCCUCACGCGUGAAGGCGGCCAGGAAGCGCAGCCGUGCUGCGGGGCAUGGCAGCGCAAACGACGCCUCGCACCAUAUAAGCGAGGCACUAACGUCACCCUCACAGCAUGGACCGCUACCGAACAGCGGCAGCAGAGUGGCGGCGCGGAAAGCCCCCGAAAUGGGGACGGGAAGGAACAAGAGGGCGAAACGAGGGAGACAGCAUGGGGGAAGGAUGGGACAGGAGGAGGGAUGGAGCGAGACCAUACGGGGGAGGGGAGAUGAAGGGUGGCGGCAGGGGGGAACGAGCCUCGUUGCUACACCUCGACUCCCCUCUCAUUUCCCCCCUCUCUCACCUCGUUGCUGCACCUCGACUCGCCUCUCAGUUCCCCCCUCUCUCAUCUCGUUGCUGCACCUCGACUCCUCUUUUGGAUCCCUCCCUCCCAUGCUCCCCUGCGCCCAUACUCUCAUGCUUGUGCUCCCAUGCUCGCAUGCUCCCCGUGCUCCCCUGCUCCCAUGCUCCACUUCUCGCGUGCUCGCAUGCUCCCCAUACUCCCAUACUCCCAUGCUGCCCUGCUCCCAUGCUCCCAAAGGCCCGUGCACUCAUGCUCCCAUGCUCACGUGCUCUCAUGCUCCCAUGCUCCCCUGCUCGCAUGCUCUCCAUACUCCCAUGCUCCCAUACUCCCCCUGCUCCCAUGCUACCAUGCUCCCAUACACCCAUGCUCCCAUGCUCCCGUGCUCCCAUGCUUCGGGCUGCUGUCCCAAGUUGUGCAACUCGUCAUGCACGUGUUUCCCCCCCCCUAAGAUCUUCCCGUCGGCUCUCAUUUCUGCAUUUCCCUCAGUUAUGUAUGUGCUCUCCUGGUCUUUACCCUCACCUGUGUUCCCGCAGUUCUGUCGUUUUCGGGCCAUGUGCGGCACUGGCUCCUUUCCGUGAUGCCCGGGGAAAAUUUGCGUCGACCUGCCUUCCUGCUUUAUCUGUGCCGCGACUAUCCUGUGUCUCGUGCGUUCGCCCCUGUAUGCACUUUGUAUGCCGCUCUAUCCUUAUGUGAGCUGCCAAAAGCCUCUCAGAACUGUGGGCUUAGUGGUGUGGUGGUAUUGUGCUUUCUGUCGAGACUUUGCUGCUCGUCCCUUCCGUUAGGCAAGGCCAAGAAUCCCACCUUUUGAAACCGUGCUUGACCCCGCAUUUUGUUGUUUACCGUGCUGGAGUAGGGCAUAGUACUUACAGCAAAAGAGAGCCAA